CUGUGUUCGCCGCGGUGACCGCUGCGACUACGCUCCCUCCGUCUCGACUGGCAGCCACGCCCACGAGCACGGCGGGAGCCAGACCCCCCGUCACUCAGACUUUGCCAUCCCGAUACCAGGCCCUGGCGGCGGUAGCAGCAACAGCGGAAGCAGCAGUCAUGACAUCAGGGCCCAGAGGACUUCAGGAGUCGUGACAUCCCCGGCCCCGGCAUAUCGCCAGCCCCUUCACGGACUGAGGCCAGCCUCCAGCACGUCGUUCGAGGCCAUAAACAGUCCCAGAUCAUCAGCUCCGCAUGUAGUCGACCGGCCACCGUCAAUAUCUGGCCCAAGCCCUGUUGGUGGCCCGUCGCCCCUUUCGACACUGUCCAUUGCGGCCAGUCAGCAUGGCAACUCGUCCGCUGCCGCAGACUCGAUGACCGCGGUCCUCAACGACGGCGAGGUCAGCAACGAGUACUUUGGCAGCAGCAGCGUCGGCUCCUUUACGCGCCAGCUGCGCGCUGCCGUCUCUGGACCAACCUCGUCAGGGGCAUCUCAACCUCAAAACAACCAACCUGACGGUGCCCCAUCCCUCUCAGUCACUUCUCACCAGGCGGGCCACGGAUUCCUCCUCCACCGCCCAAGCACAUCUGCAACACCAUACAACCACACUGGCGGCAUCAGCAGCAGCAACGACGACGACAGCGAGCCUCACGAAUAUGUCCUCCCGUCACGCAAGCAGGCAGACCGCCUCGUCCACCUGUACUGGUACUACGUCGACGGGCUCUACCCGUUCCUCGACCGCGAGACCUUCCAGGCGUGCUACGAGUCCCUGUUCUCCGGCACGUCCGCGAUGCCCAGCUCCGACGAGCGCAUCUUUGUCAGCCUGCUCAACAGCAUCUUCGCUCUGGCCACGGAGCUCCAGGAGGGAUACCCGUCCGAGCAGCGCGCCGAGGCGAGCAAGGAGUACUACACGCGCGCGCAGCAGAGCCUGCGGUUCAACGUCUGGGACGGCGGCAGCGUGCAGGUCGUCCAGUGCCUGCUGCUCAUGGGCCAGUACCUGCAGAGCACGAACCACCCGCACCAGACGUGGAUGGUCAUUGGCGCGGCCAUACGCAUCGCGCAGGGGCUGGGGCUGCACCUCCCCGAGACGUCUGCGCGGCUGGGGGAUGCGAGGGAUCGGGAGCUCGUGAGGAGGAUAUGGCAUGGUUGUAUCUUGAUGGACCGCAUGCUCGCGCUGACCCAUGGGCGCCCCUCCAUGGUCUCGAGCGAGACAGCAGAAGCCGUCCCACAGCCUCUCAUGCUCGACGUCGGCGCGCUUGAUCCGAGCAGCAGCCACAGCCACAGCAUGGCGGCGGCGGGAGCGGACCUCGACGACAGCAGCCCGCACAAGUACCGCUUCGCCUUCUUCGUCAAGACGCUCGACCUGUACCGCAUCAUCCACCGCGUCCUCAAGGCGUUCUACUCGACGCCCAGCACCAACUCGCGCGGGCUCGAGUCGCACAAGGCCGAGUGGCUCGAGACGGACCAGGGCGAGGCCGACGCGGGCAAGGCCAUCAUGAUUGACAACGAGCUGACCAAGUGGGAGGCUGGGCUCCCGGCGCAUUUGCAACUAGAGGCCGUCGAGGGGGGCGGCGGCGGCGGCGGCGCUGCGCAGGGGAUCGUGGUGGACGAGAUUACGCGGCGGCAGAUUGUGAUUCUGCGAUUCCGCUGCCUACACGCCCGCAUCCUCCUCCUCAGACCAAUGCUCGCUCGGUACUGCCUGGGCCAACCGACCCCGGACACGUCAUCUUCACCCGCGACCACUUCCUCCGCCGCCAGCGGUCUGCCCGUCGUCCGCCAGACCCUGAGCACCCGCGUCCUCCAGCAGUCGGCCCUGGUCUGCGUCGAGACGGCCCUCGAGACGGUCGCCCUGAUGCGCCGCUUCCUCCAGCACGACGGCACCCUGGGCCUCCUGCCCGCCUGGUGGUACCGCCUGUUCUACAUCUACACGGCUGGCGCGGUGCUCAUGGCCGCCCGCCUGCGGCCGCGGUGCUUCCCCGCGCGCGAGGUCGCGGCCGCGCUGGACGACACGAUGGCGAUACUCCGAGAGCACGAGCAGUUUGGGCUCGCGGCGAAGCGGUGCGUCGUCGCGCUGGAGAUCUUGUCGGGCAAGAUUGGCGAGAAGACGAGCGGCGGCGAGGGUGGUGGUGGCGGCGGCGGGAGUCGAGGUGUGAGUCGACGCGGCUCCGCGGAGCAGCAGCAGCAGCAGCAGACAAACUCUGCGGAUGAGCAGCAAGCAGCGCUCAAUGGUCGCAGUGACAACAAGCAGCAGCAGCAACAACAACAACAACAACAUACGAACCACAACAACACUGGUCAAUCUGCGCACCAUCAUCACCACCAGCAUGCACAUGGCGAGGGGCCAGGCGCUCAGUCGAUGCUGGCCGUCACGUCGCUGCACAAUAUUAAUAAUAAUAACAACAACAACACUAACAACAUGCGAUCCAUGCAAUCUAGCACGGCGCCGUCGUCGAGAUCCUCGUUCCCACAUAGCCACCACAUGUUUGACGUCGAUGCUGGCGGGGGAGCGAUGGCGGCAGAAGUCGGUCUGGACUCGCUGUUCUUCGACAUGGACGAUACGCAGUGGUUGACGUACGUCCCUGCAGACUUUUGAGUGGGCUGGCGGGUCAGGAUGAACCGGGAAGCAUCGCCAAGGCCAUGCUGGACCGGUGAAUAAAAUAGUACUUGCUAGCGUUUUUGUUUUUAUCGAUCACAGAUGCCGAGAAGUUCGCUCUGUUGUGGAAUAGAUAUAGUGGGCAUCUCACGGUCAACAGCUUCUUUAGUCUAAUUGUCAGGUGUGCAACCCAAAGAGACAUCUCAAUGGGCAUCUGAAACCCG